AUGCAAGCAGCAAGCAUUGCAUCUGGCAAGCUUCAAAAAUUACUAAGCCCAGAGACCACAAAAACACCCACUACCGCCACCGCCGCCGCCACUACCGCCACCACCAGAAAGUUGGCUUUCACUUCAACAAUAACAACCGCGACGUCAAAAUUGGAAAUACAAAAAGUGGCAGAAGCCGAAGCGAAAUUGGCAGUGAACGAUGAAAGAGCAGAAGCCACAAAAACAACAGCAAAGAAAGCGGAAACUAAACACGUUGACCAUCAAAACUCAGGCAAGAAAACUAUCAAAAAGAAAAUAAAAAAGCGUUCUCUUGAAGAUGAUGGGCAAAUCCCCAAAUUAGAAGGUGAGGUAGCGGACGUUCAAGUGAUUGUCGCGAAUAAAGAAGCAACAACCUUUACGUCAAACGUUUUUUUAAUUUUAUAA